CUGAGAGCUUCCUCUGUGCUGAGGAUGAGGAAGAGGUCUGUUGUUCACUCACAGCUGCUUCACUUUUUCACCGGGACCAUUUUUAACGAACACAUGAACUCACUGUGAGCCGACACCCGAACCUGCACGCCGCCGCCACCGCACGCCACCGCCACCCGCCGCCACUUCCUUUCCACAGAUCUUAUCGUUUGUUUUUUAUGCAAAUUGUGGUAAAAAAUGUCUCUAACUGUAGCUGACCUGACCAGAGGCGUGAUGACAGAGUUCCAGGAGAAGCUCCGUCAGCAGCACGAGGAGUCGAUGCACCGCGAGCUGGAGGCGCUGCUCAAUACGGCCAACAAGCCCGAGGCAGAGAUCUCCAGAAAAGAUUUCGAUGGCUUUAAGAAGAUCUUCCACAGAUUCCUGCAGGUCAAAGGUCCUUCGGUCGACUGGGCCAAGAUCAACCGGCCGCCGGAGGACUCGAUUCAGCCCUACGAGAAGAUCAAAGCGAAGGGUCUCCCCGACAACGUCAGCGCCAGCCUCAACAAGCUCGCCGUGGUCAAACUGAACGGCGGUCUGGGAACCAGCAUGGGCUGCAAGGGCCCCAAGAGUCUGAUCAGCGUCCGCAACGAGAACACCUUCCUGGACCUGACCGUCCAGCAGAUCGAGCACCUGAACAAAACCUUCAACGCCGACGUGCCGCUGGUCCUCAUGAACUCCUUCAACACCGACGACGACACGAAGAAGAUCCUGCAGAAGUACAAACACCACCGGGUCAACAUCCACACCUUCAACCAGAGCAGGUAUCCGAGGAUCAACAAGGAGUCGCUGCUGCCGAUCGCCAAAAACAUGGCGGUGAGCGGAGAGAACGCGGAGGCCUGGUACCCGCCGGGCCACGGGGACAUCUACGCCAGCUUCUCCAACUGCGGCCUGCUGGACAAACUCAUCGCCGAGGGGAAGGAGUACAUCUUCGUGUCCAACAUCGACAACCUGGGCGCCACCGUCGACCUCUUCAUCCUCCACCACCUGAUGAGCCAGCCGGCCGACAGACGCUGCGAGUUCAUCAUGGAGGUCACCGACAAGACCAGAGCUGACGUCAAGGGCGGGACGCUGAUCCAGUACGACGACCACCUGAGGCUGCUGGAGAUCGCGCAGGUCCCGAAGGCCCACGUGGACGAGUUCAAGUCCGUCACCAAGUUCAAGAUCUUCAACACCAACAACCUGUGGAUCUCGCUGCCCGCCAUCAAGAGGCUGCACGAGAAGAACGCCAUGGACCUGGAGAUCAUCGUCAACCCGAAGACGUUGGACGGCGGUCUGAACGUCAUCCAGCUGGAGACGGCCGUGGGCGCCGCCAUCAAGAGCUUCAACAACGCCAUGGGCGUGAACGUCCCCCGCAGCCGCUUCCUGCCGGUGAAGACGUCGUCCGACCUGCUGCUGGUGAUGUCCAACCUGUACAGCCUGGACGCCGGCUCGCUCACCAUGAGCAAGAGGAGGGAGUUCCCAACGACACCGCACGUAAAGCUCGGCAGCUCCUUCACCAAGGUUCAGGACUUUCUCACGCGGUUCGAGAGCAUCCCGGACAUGUUGGAGCUCGACCACCUCACCGUGUCCGGAGACGUCACCUUCGGGAAGAACGUCUCUCUGAAGGGAACCGUCAUCAUCAUCGCCAAUCACGGCGACCGGAUCGAUAUUCCCGCCGGAGCGAUGCUGGAGAACAAGAUCGUCUCAGGAAACCUGCGCAUCCUCGACCACUGAGGCCUUCUGGGAAACCCCCCCCCCAACAACACACACACACACACACACACACACACACAAACAAACAAACAAACCAUUUUCACCUCGAACAGACUCCGAGAGAGAAAAGAUGUUUCUUCUCUUCAACCGAUGAACCGUCAGUUUGUUUUUAUUCUGUCAUUUCAACGUGAAGUCGGCCUGAAGGGGUCAAAGGUCAACCCUCAAAGGUCAAAGGUCAACCCUGCUCCUUCCAGACUCAUCAUGAAGCUUUUCCAGGAAGAAACCUGCUGUCAAUUAAACAAGUGCAUCAUGGGUAAA